AUGUCGGACCUGACCACGAGACCCAAGUCGGAGCUGUCGCAGAACGAGCUGCAGGACCUCGAGGACUACGAGUUCAACCACGGCCCUCUGCGGGUGCUGGCGCAGGCGGUGCAGAACUCGGACUCGGUGUUGAUCUCGCUACGGAACAGCCACAAGCUGGUUGCCCGCGUGAAGGCGUUUGACCGCCACUGCAACAUGGUGCUGGAGAACGUGAAGGAGUUCUGGUACGAGGAGGGCCAGGGCCAGGGCGACGUGAAGAGCAAGACCAAGCCGGGGAACAAGGUGCUGCGAGAGCGGUUUGUGUCCAAGAUGUUCCUCCGAGGGGACUCGGUCGUCGUCGUGUUGAAGUACAACGGCGACUAG